AUGAGGCAGACUGCCUUAUUUCGAGUCCUUGUCCUGCUCGCCGGUUUCGUUGUCUUUGCUGCGGCGUGGACAAAAGAAGACCAUGAAAUAUUUCGUCUUCGCGAGGAGAUUAUCGCAACUGAAGGCGCCAAUGUGACUUUCUACGAUUUCUUGGGCGUGAAGCCAAAUGUCAACCAGGUCGAUUUGAACAAGGCCUUCCGCAAAAAGUCCAAGCAGAUCCACCCCGACAAGGCGAAGCGUUCCUUUGUCGCCUCCCGCGCCAAACCACCUCGAACUGCCUCUGGCAAGAAAAAACCCGGCGUCCAUGUUGCCAAGCCCCCGUCCGAGCGGGAAAUCCAGCACGUCGUCAAACAGGCCACCGAACGGUAUGCCCGCCUGGGGAUAGUCCAUGAUAUUCUCAAAGGCCCAGGCAGAGAUCGAUAUGACCACUUUCUGAGCAAUGGCUUCCCGAAAUGGAAGGGAACGGGAUACUAUUAUUCGCGAUUCCGUCCCGGGCUGGGCUCUGUUUUGAUCGGCCUCUUCCUUGCUUUUGGCGGCGCCGGCCAUUACUUUGCCCUCGUUCUCGGCUGGAAAAGACAGGUGGAGUUUGUGGACCGAUAUAUCCGCCAUGCCCGCCGGGCCGCUUGGGGUGACGAGCUGGGGAUAAAGGGCAUAGGGAAUUUGAAUAGCUACGAAGAUAGGGUCGCAGAUGCCGCCCCCGCUGACAGUGGAGAGGAGCCCGCCGUGCUGAACCGCCGGCAGAAGAGGAUGAUGGAGAAGGAGAAUCGCAAGGACAGUAAAAAGGCGAAGCGGGAGGGCUCUUCCGGUACCGCCACGCCAACCGGCGUUGUUACUUCGGUGGGUGAUCGGAAGCGAGUCGUCGCUGAAAACGGCAAGGUGCUCAUCGUUGACGCCACCGGAAAUGUGUUUCUCGAGGAAGAAGCCGAAGACGGAACGAAGGAGGAGUUCCUCCUUGACGUCAAUGAAAUUCACCGGCCCACGAUUCGCGACACAAUGGCAUAUAGGCUUCCGAGCCUGCUGUACCACAAGCUUCUAGGACGAUUCACGGGCGCGAAUUCGUCCGAGGCACCCGAGACCGCCGACGAAGUCGCUCUCUCUCCCGAACCAGAGACCGAAAUCGCCCAUAUCCCGGAAAUAUCCUCGAAAAGGGCAGGAAAGAAGAGAGGGAAGAAGGCUUGA